CGUAAACGUUUGCUUUAGCAGUAGUCUCGAUGAGAACGGCUUGGACGCUAAAACGUUUAAGAUAUCGUAUAAUAAAAAACAUACUAAAAACUCAAUAAUAUAGUAGCCUAUUUCUUGGUAUCCCUCUGGUGUUUGUAACUUCAAACUGCAGCCGGUGGUGAUUCACGUUUCUGCACAAUGGCCUCUGCAGAGUUCAUCAAAGACCUUUGUACUCCAGCGCUGAUAGUUGACCUGGAUAUAGUGAAAAGAAAUGCUCAAGUCAUGCUGGAACGCUUCCAGAAACUGGGGGUCCAGCUCAGACCUCACAUGAAAACACACAAAACAUUGGAAUGUGCAGACAUCAUGACAGGAGGCUCUCGCCGUUGCAUUGUGGUGUCUACUCUGGCUGAGGCUUCAUUCUAUGCAGAUAAUGGCUAUGAUGAUAUAUUAUACGCAUACCCACUGCCAUUUGAUAAAGUGGAGCGCUGCGCUGAGCUAUCCGAGAGACUUUCACUAUUCCAUGUAGUGGUGGACAACCAGCAUGCUUUACGGGAACUGAAGAAGAGACCUCUGAUGCAGGGAAAAGUCUGGAAGGUGUGGAUGAAACUGGAUUGUGACAAUGGAAGAGCGGGUGUUCCUCAUUUUGAUCCGGCUGCCCUGCAACUUGCCCAGGAGAUCUCGGAGACGGCAGGGGUGGAGCUUACAGGAAUUUACGCCCACUGUGGGAACACCUAUGCCUGUCAGGGGGAGGAGCAAAUCAAAGCCAUUGCUCAGGAAACCACCACGCUCGUACUGCAAUUUAUGGAGAAGCUGAAGGCUGCUGGAAUACACGGUCCCAAAUCCAGCAUUGGCUCCACCCCGUCCUGUAGCCACCCAGUCCCAGACAUGGCCAUGUUAAGUGAGGUGCACCCUGGGAACUAUGUAUUUUACGAUGUGCAGCAGUCUCUCAUUGGAUCCUGUAGACUUGAGGACAUUGCAGUAAGGGUACUGACGAGGGUCAUAGGUCACUACCCACAUAGGAACCAGUUACUAGUAGACUGUGGGUGGACAGCACUGAGUCAUGAUGGUGGCGGGCGUUUACCAACAGGAUAUGCCAUUAUUGAAGGGCACCCAGAGAUGAAACUGCUGUCUAUGACUCAGGAACACGGCAGGGUGGAGCCCAUCGCUGGAAAACUGGACUUCAGUCAGUUCCCCCUGGGGUCACUCCUCACACUCAUGCCUUACCAUGCAUGUGCCACAGCUAUGAUGCAUCCAGUUUAUUUUGUCCACUCUAAAGGGAAGAUUAUAAGUGCAUGGAAGCCCACUCGAGGCUGGUAACAAUCCCUAACAGAAGGAAUCUGUUUCAACAGGGGACUGUGGUUAGAAAAAUGUUAAAGGCUGCUGUAUGCGUACAUUUACUAUAGUAAUAUAAACUUGCAGAGGUGGGUAGAGUUGCCAAAAACUAUUCUCAAGUAAAAUUACUAAUACUUUAAAAUUAUUACUCAAGUAAGAAAGUAUCCAAUUAAAAGAAUACUCAAGUAGUUAUUUUCCGAUCUGAUUAUUAUUAUUAACACCUUGCGUGCGUGGAUCCUAUGUCACCCUUUAUACCCUGAUAGUUCAAAGAUGAAAAUUGUGUAAUCAUUUAUUCACCCUUAAGGUCUAAACUUAUAUGAUUUGAACACAAUGAACACAGUUAAGGAGAUGUUUGACAGAAUGUUAUCCUCAGUCACCUUUCACUUCCACUGCAUAUUUUUUCUCAUUUUUGAAAGUGAAUGGUGACUGAGGAUGUCAGUCCUUAACGUUCUGCCUAACACCUUGUUUUGUGAAUAAGUUAACACUGAAAAGUUAUAUUGCACCUUAUCUCAGUUUAGAGGCACGUUUAGGCUUAUUUUAUUCCAGAGCUUGUUCUCUGUUGUCCUUAAAAAAAACGCACCUCACGCAUGCUUUAUAAAGUGUAUUGCUGUAUUCCCGCGCUGCAUUAAUCAGCAGAGAAAAGACAUUUACACAUAACGCUUACGUUUACAUGGAUUUAUGUAUUGCAGCACUGAUAUGAGAAAAUGUAUACUUAAAAACUUACAGAAUUACCAUUACCAUAACAAAGAAGCCCUCUUUAUCAUUAUCACCACAACUUACCGCAGCGUGUUUUCUUAAGUUGGAUCUGUAAUUUUGUAAUCGCUUGUUUUGCCGUUGAACAAAGGCAUCGCGUAACGUUAAUAGUUUUUUUCACUGUGUGUUGUGAAAAAUGUAUUUGUUUUCUGAGCGCUUGCAGUGUCGUUCAAAAUUCCCUUUCAAACAUCUCUCAAUAAAUUACGCAUUUAUUAACACUUUAAUAAAUGAAUUAAAACCAGUAAUGUAGCGACAGUAACGUCGCCCAUUGUAACAAAGAGUGCUUUUUUCAUUAGGAAUUUACUUGAGUAAGAGUAAAACCUACUCACCUUUAAACCUACUCUUAAAAGUACAUUUUCUCCAAAAAUAUAAUAACGUAGUAAAUGUAGCGCAUUGCUUCCAACCUCUGUAAACUGUGAAAAUUGCUGUCAAAGUCAGGUGUCUCUCAAAAACUGCCUUAUGAUCUUGUUAACUGAUGACAGCAUUAUGGGCUAAAGGUGAGGCAGUUCUGUCCUUAAAUAGCAAUCAGUGAUGUUGAAAAUUGAAUUGUCCAGCAAAAUAGCUUUGCAUAACCUGAAAAACUCACAUUGAACACAAUCUAUUCACAGAUAAUAAUUCAUCAUUUUUUUUUUUCCUGCUGUGAAAGCCCCUGAAAAUGGGAAGCUUUGUAGCUGUCUAAAUUUGUAUGUGUUGGGCAAAUUAUGUGUUCAAAAAUGAAUUUGGAAAGAUCUAAAGAACCGAAUCUUGGCAAUAACAUUCACCUCAAUUUGUUAUAGAAUCAUGUGCCACAAUGGAAAUGUCUAAAAAACAGAUUCUCUGAUUAUUUCUAUCUUUGAUUUUUCACAUUAAAGAACAUAAA